CCUUUUCCUCGCCGUGGCGGCGGAGGCGCGCGGCGGAGGCGCACGGCGUGGCUGGCGCGGCGCGGCGUUCUCGGUCGGUGUCGGAGUCGGUGUCGGAGUCGGAGUCGGAGUCGGAGUCUGAGGAGCCGGAUCCGAGGCUGAGGAGGAGGAGGAGGAGGAGAAGGAGGAAGAGGAGGAGGAGAAGAAGAAGGAUUAGGAGGAAGGCCAAGAAGCCGGAGGAGGCCGACAACCGUCGCUCAGUCGCGUCCGCGGCGCCGCGAGGAUGGAGGCCCCUGGCCCGCGCCCCGCGCCGGCCCUCGGCGGCCCCGGCCCGCUGGGCGAGUUCCUGCCGCCGCCCGAGUGCCCGGUCUUCGAGCCCAGCUGGGAGGAGUUCGCCGACCCUUUCGCCUUCAUCCACAAGAUUCGGCCCAUAGCCGAGCAGACCGGGAUCUGCAAGGUGCGGCCGCCGUCGGCUUGGCAGCCACCAUUUGCAUGUGAUGUUGACAAACUUCAUUUUACCCCACGUAUCCAGAGGCUGAAUGAAUUGGAGGCUCAAACUCGUGUAAAAUUAAAUUUCUUGGACCAGAUUGCAAAGUACUGGGAAUUACAGGGAAGUACUCUGAAAAUUCCACAUGUGGAGAGGAAGAUCUUGGACUUGUUUCAGCUUAAUAAGUUAGUUGCAGAGGAAGGUGGGUUUGCAGUUGUUUGCAAGGAGAGAAAAUGGACCAAAAUUGCCACCAAGAUGGGGUUUGCUCCUGGCAAAGCUGUGGGCUCCCAUAUCAGAGGGCAUUAUGAGCGAAUUCUCAACCCCUACAACUUAUUCCUGUCUGGAGACAGUUUGAGGUGUCUGCAGAAGCCAAACCUGACCACAGACACAAAGGACAAGGAAUACAAACCCCAUGAUAUUCCCCAGAGGCAGUCUGUGCAGCCCUUGGAAACGUGUCCUCCAGCUCGACGAGCAAAACGCAUGAGAGCGGAGGCCAUGAAUAUUAAAAUAGAACCAGAAGAGACAGCAGAAGCCAGAACUCAUAACCUGAGACGUCGAAUGGGAUGUCCAGCUCCAAAGUGUGAAAAUGAGAAAGACGGGAAAAGCAGCCUCAAGCAAGAACCUGCUGAGAGGAAGGAGUGUAUUACAGAGAGCGAGAAGGAGAAACCCAGGAGUCGAGCGAAGAAAACCACCAGUGCUGUUGACCUGUAUGUCUGCCUCUUGUGUGGCAGUGGCAACGAUGAGGACCGGCUUCUCUUGUGUGAUGGGUGUGACGACAGUUACCACACCUUCUGCCUGAUCCCGCCGCUCCAUGAUGUUCCCAAGGGAGACUGGAGGUGUCCUAAGUGUUUGGCUCAGGAGUGCAGUAAGCCACAAGAAGCAUUUGGUUUUGAACAGGCAGCCAGGGACUAUACCCUCCGUACUUUCGGGGAAAUGGCAGAUGCGUUCAAAUCUGAUUACUUCAACAUGCCAGUCCAUAUGGUUCCCACAGAACUGGUUGAGAAAGAAUUUUGGCGACUGGUGAGCACUAUUGAAGAGGAUGUUACCGUGGAAUAUGGAGCUGAUAUUGCCUCGAAGGAGUUCGGCAGUGGCUUCCCGGUCCGAGACGGGAAAGUGAAGCUCUCGCCUGAGGAGGAGGAAUAUCUUGACAGUGGCUGGAAUUUGAACAACAUGCCAGUGAUGGAGCAGUCUGUCCUCGCUCACAUCACCGCUGACAUAUGCGGCAUGAAGCUUCCUUGGUUGUACGUGGGAAUGUGCUUUUCUUCCUUCUGUUGGCAUAUUGAAGACCACUGGAGCUAUUCCAUUAACUACCUGCACUGGGGUGAGCCAAAGACCUGGUAUGGAGUCCCAGGGUACGCCGCCGAGCAGCUGGAGACCGUGAUGAAAAGGCUGGCCCCGGAGCUCUUCAUCUCCCAGCCCGACCUGCUCCACCAGCUCGUCACCAUCAUGAACCCCAAUACCCUGAUGACUCACGAAGUGCCUGUUUACCGAACUAAUCAGUGUGCUGGGGAGUUUGUGAUCACAUUUCCACGAGCCUACCACAGCGGUUUCAAUCAAGGUUUUAAUUUCGCUGAGGCCGUUAACUUCUGCACUGUCGAUUGGCUGCCCUUAGGCCGACAGUGCGUGGAGCAUUACCGCCUGCUGCACCGCUACUGUGUAUUUUCCCACGACGAGAUGAUUUGCAAGAUGGCCUCCAAGGCGGACGUACUAGACGUUGUAGUGGCAUCAACUGUUCAGAAAGACAUGGCCAUUAUGAUUGAGGACGAGAAGGCUCUAAGGGAAACUGUUCGUAAAUUGGGAGUAAUUGAUGCAGAAAGAAUGGAUUUUGAGCUGUUGCCAGAUGAUGAGCGUCAGUGUGUAAAAUGCAAAACCACAUGCUUCAUGUCUGCCAUCUCCUGUUCUUGUAAACCUGGCCUGCUUGUUUGCCUGCAUCAUGUAAAGGAAUUAUGUUCCUGUCCUCCUUAUAAAUAUAAACUGCGGUAUAGAUACACUCUGGAUGAUCUCUACCCCAUGAUGAAUGCACUGAAGCUUCGAGCAGAAUCUUACAACGAAUGGGCCUUGAAUGUGAACGAAGCUUUGGAGGCAAAGAUUAAUAAGAAGAAAAGCCUUGUCAGCUUUAAGGCUUUGAUUGAGGAAUCUGAGAUGAAGAAAUUCCCGGACAACGAUCUUUUACGUCACCUCCGCUUAGUGACGCAGGAUGCGGAGAAAUGUGCCUCUGUCGCCCAGCAGCUGCUUAACGGCAAGAGGCAGACGAGGUAUCGAUCUGGUGGAGGGAAAUCCCACCAUCAGUUGACAGUGAACGAGCUCCGACAGUUCGUGAGCCAGCUGCACGCCCUGCCCUGUGUCCUCAGUCAGACGCCACUGCUGAAGGAUCUCUUGAAUCGUGUAGAAGAUUUCCAACAGCAUAGCCAGAAAUUGCUCUCUGAAGAGAUGCCCAGUGCCACUGAGCUGCAAGACUUGCUAGACGUCAGCUUUGAAUUUGAUGUCGAGCUUCCCCAGCUUGCUGAGAUGCGUGUUCGGCUGGAGCAGGCCCAUUGGCUGGAGGAGGUGCAGCAGGCUUGCCUAGACCCCAGCUCCCUCACCUUAGAUGAUAUGAGACGUCUCAUAGACCUGGGGGUGGGUCUGGCCCCGUAUUCAGCUGUGGAGAAGGCUAUGGCACGGCUUCAAGAACUGCUCACGGUAUCAGAGCACUGGGAUGACAAAGCCAGGAGUCUCCUCAAGGCCAGGCCUCGGCAUUCAUUGAACAGCCUUGCUACAGUGGUUAAGGAGAUCGAGGAGAUCCCCGCAUACCUGCCCAAUGGUGCGGCUCUGAAAGACUCUGUGCAGAGAGCCAGAGACUGGCUUCAGGACGUAGAGGCCCUGCAGGCUGGAGGACGUGUGCCAGUGUUAGACACACUGAUAGAACUUGUUACACGAGGCCGAUCUAUCCCGGUGCAUCUGAAUUCUUUACCGAGACUGGAGUCACUAGUAGCUGAGGUUCACGUUUGGAAAGAAUGUGCUGCCAAGACAUUCCUGACUGAGAAUUCAUCCUAUUCUCUCUUGGAGGUGCUGUGUCCUCGAUGUGAUAUUGGCCUUUUGGGAUUGAAGAGGAAGCAGAGAAAGUUAAAGGAGCCCUUGCCAAGUGGCAAGAAGAGAAGCCCCAGAGUAGAGAGUCUGAGUGACCUGGAGAGAGCUCUGACUGAAAGCAGAGAGACUGCUUCAGCUAUGGCAACGCUUGGGGAAGCCCGCUUACGAGAAAUGGAAGCCUUGCAGUCUCUCAGACAAGCCAAUGAGGGAAAGUUGCUGUCGCCAGUCCAGGAUGUGGAGAUGAGGGUCUGCCUGUGUCAGAAGGCACCAGCUGCCCCCAUGAUCCAGUGUGAACUCUGCAGGGAUGCUUUCCACACCGGCUGUGUGGCGGUACCCAGUAUUGCGCAGGGCCCCCGGAUCUGGCUGUGUCCCCAUUGUCGGAGGUCAGAGAAACCUCCACUAGAGAAAAUUCUGCCCCUGCUGGCCUCCCUCCAGCGUAUCCGAGUGCGCCUUCCCGAGGGAGAUGCGCUGCGGUAUAUGAUUGAAAGAACCGUGAACUGGCAGCACAGAGCCCGACAGCUGCUCUCGUCAGGUAACCUCCAGCCCACGCAGGAGCGAGCGGGCUCAGGACUGUUAUGUGGCAGGUGGCAGGCCUCCGCAGGACAGGCGCCAGAGACGAGCAAGCUAUCUCAGCCUCCUGGCUCCACGUCCUUCUCCUUACCUGGUGACUGGGACAGCAGAACCUCAUAUUUACACUCUCCCUUCUCUACUGGACGGAGCUGUAUCCCCCUCCACGGUCUAAGCCCAGAAGUGAGUGAGCUGUUGAUGGAGGCCCAGCUGCUCCAGGUGUCCCUUCCUGAAAUUCAGGAGCUCUACCAGACGCUACUGGCAAAGCCCAGCCCUGCGCAGCAAGCUGACCGCAGCUCUCCAGUGAGACCCAGCAGUGAGAAGAGUGACGGCUGCCGUGGGAAGCGAGACGGAGUCAGCGGCCUCGAGAGCAAAGUAAAGAGACGCCUGGAAAGAGAAGGUCUCUCCAGUGAGCGGUGGGAUCGAGUCGCCAAAUUGCGGACCCCUAAAAAGAAGAGGAUCAAACUGAGCCACCGCAAGGACACGAACAGUUUCAAGUUAGAGCGGGCGCGUGGCUAUGAGCUGGUCCCUUCUGCCGACACUCAGUCCCUGCCCUCAGACACGUCCUGCUCGGAGCAGGAGGACUCUGGGGACGAGGACGCCGUCUGCCCGGCCGUGAGCUGCCUGCAGCCAGAAGGAGACGAGGUGGACUGGGUCCAGUGUGAUGGCAGCUGCAAUCGGUGGUUCCAUCAGGUCUGUGUUGGUGUCUCUCCCGAGACGGCCGAGGAGGAGGACUACGUGUGCGCGUGCUGUGCGGCGACGGACGCGCCAGGCCGGAGAUAAAACAAACAGACCCUAACUGUAAUUCAGGACUCGGCCAGAGGACUCCUCCAGUGUCGCAGCAAAGCUGCAGGACUGGCAUUCAAACCAGCCUGUGAACGGUGCUAUUUCUAUUCCUUACGGGAUCAUUUUUCCAGAACUCUUUGAAAAAAAGAAAAAAACGACUAAAAAAAAUUUUUGACACUUUUUGUAUUUUUUUCCUUAAGAGCUGUUUGUGAUUGUUGAGGUUUGAAAUGCUGACUGUUUUUUGCAGGGGUUCCCACCAAUGUGGAAGGAUUGGAGCUUGCACCUUUUCAUGUACAGCAUUAAAGUCUUACCUCUUUCUGGGGUUUACCGGCUUAAGAGUCCAACUCAGUUUCAGUGCCCAGAAGAGCACCAGAAAUUCCAGUAAAUCCUCAUUUGAGGGAUUUCUCUCUUGUUUACUCUGUUACCAUAUUGGGGAGCUUAAGUUUUUCACUUUUGGGGUUUUUGUUUGUUUCUUUUAUCCACUUUUCUUUUUUUCCUGGUAGACUAGGUUUAUUUAUCUAAGCAAUAACUUCCAUGUUGGUUUCAGUGGCUGGAAUUAAAACAAAACAAACUUCCAAACAGCGUGUGGGUGCUUUAGCAUCUGGUUGAUGUCAGAACGCAAACGUCUAGUUUCUAGUGUCACUGGUGACCUAGUGACAUAGAAAAGAGGCUGCUCUCUAAGUACCUGCCACAGCUGUAUUUUGGCUUUCUCCUUGCUCCUUCCCUCCUCGCCUGUUUUUUUGGUAGCUUGUAUCAAAAAAUGUUGCAGUUUAUAUUGUGGAAUAAAUCCUUGGUCCUAAUAUAACACUACAUGCUGGUUAUUUAGAGCCAUGAGCCUACAUCUGCUUCUGCCCCUCCACCUGUGGGCUUUGAAGAGCAGAGGGGUUGCUUGCUUUUGCCUCUGCCCAGCCAGGCUGCAGUAGCGGUGGAUGGUAGCCUGCAGACCUUAGGGGAUUCUUCUGUAUCCUGCUCUGUUCAGUGGGCCAUAUGCCUCCAGUCCGCACUAACAAAGAGACCCCCCUUUCCUCCCGUCUUCAAGGAAUAGAACCUGUCUUUAAAGCCAUGCUAUUUUUAAGUAAGCUUUCUCAGAAUGUUGGCAAAUCAUUCCAGUCCUCACAUCGGCCCUCCUUGUGGGAAUGAUAUCUUUAUUAUAUUUGAAUUGACGGGGAAACUUGGUUUAGGGUUGAGAUGUCAGAAGGGGAGACGAAAGGAGAGUGCACCCUCACAGAGAGCUAGGAGGGUGUGGGUCAAGGAAACACUUGUGAACACGCAGGCUCUGCCCUCUCGCUUUCCUUGCUGUCUCUCUCUCUCUCUCUCUCUCACUGUUGUUACUGGUCAUGGAUGGCUCACAGCCUUUCCCUGCCUUUUCUUUUUAAAGGACUCUGUUCUGCAGUGGAGAAGACAUUCUGGUGAACAGACUCUUGCUUGCUGUUUGCUAUCCUGUUGCUAAUAAUACCUGUUUUCCCUCCAUUCUGUAGCCAUAAACCUGAAGAUGGGUAGAAACAGUGGGUCUUUAAUAAAACAAACAAAAAAAAACAGCAGUUUGUGAUGUAGCAGAGAUUUAAAUGUGUACUGCCCCCUUUUAUGCAAUUCAGAUAAUUAAA